GUCGACGCUGUUGUGCAAAGCACUGAUAAGAAUUUCCUCGUCCCUAUAGGAGGAUCUAUUGUCAUUGGUCAGAGUGAUUUGGUAUCAGACGUUGGUGGCGGGUAUCCCGGCCGAGCUAGUAUGUCUCCAAUACUAGAUUUGUUUAUCACGUUGAUGAGUCUAGGGGAAUCUGGUUGGCUUUCGAUGCUGAAAAAGAGAAGGGAAAUGUUCAAGGACUUCAAAAUGAAGCUCCAACGAUGGACGCUCGAAAGAGGCCUCAGAGUUUUGGAGGUUCCAUGGAAUAGGAUAUCACUAGCGAUCGAUCUCUCAUCGCUGAACCUGAAUUCGGGAACUGCAGCUACCGAACUCGGGAGCGCGCUGUUCACGCGUCGUGUGAGCGGUCCUCGGGUUGUUGUGU